AUGCUCAUUCUGCCGACACUGUUCAGCUUAUUCGCAUUUGUCUCCGUCCUACUGCUUGUUUAUCGUAUGUGGACCAUGGAACGACCACGAAUGGCGAAGGCUCAAGCCGCUGCCUUCAUACUUUACGAUCAGGUCAUUGUACAUUCUUGCAUUAAUCAGUACUUUAUAGUACCACUGGCACUACAAGUCAGUGCCAGCAGUGUCAUGCUGCAGGUAGUAGUGACGUAA